CCCAUCAAAAAUAUCACUGUACACGUAUCUGGGAAAGGUAUGAAUUCGUGCUUUCCCGAAUCGUUGGUUCACGAGUUCGAAAGCUAGGUAAUGUAGAGCAGGGGUCAUCCCCUGAUGUAGAGUUCGUACGGUAUAUUUUGUACAAAGUUUCUGCAUGCGAACAUUCAAAACCCUUGUAGCAAAUCCAAUCCAACCCAAUGCACACAAAACACAACACAAACGCAGCCGACGCUACCGCAUCCGAACCAUACGGAGGAUCCAAGGCAAAGCGCAUGGAACCCAGAUGAGGAUCCUGUCGGGGAGGCUCCCGAUCCGGGGGCGCGGGUACGCCCUGGCGAGCAGGUCCUGCGGUCCUCUCGCCUGCAACGCGUACGCGCUGGUCUGCGGAUCGACCGGGGAGGCCGCCGUCGUCGACCCGUCCUUCUCCACUCCUUGCGACCUAGGGGCGCUGGAAUCCUUCCUGGAAGCCGGGGGAGYGACCGCGGUGACCCGGAUCUUGCUGACCCACGGUCACCCGGACCACGUCGCGGGGGUGUCCGAGCUCACAAAGGCCUGGCCGGGGGCCUCGCUCUCYCUCCACCCCCUGGAGGCUGCAAACUACGAGGGGRCAAAGCGGAUGGGGAGGGACCUCUUCGGGAUGGACUUUCCGAACGACGGCCCGCUCCCGGCACCGACUCACGCCCUGGAGGACGGGCAGGUCCUGGCGAUCGGGAGCAGCAUCGAGCUCUCCGUGGUGCACACCCCCGGGCACUCCCCGGGCCACGUGGCCUUUGCCGACCGGAGAACGUCCCGCGGUGCGAACCAAGGCGGCAGCGAGAGCGACAAGGGCCGUGGCGCUGCGGGAAGCGUGCUGCUCUCGGGAGAUCUGCUCUUUCAGGGAUCGGUGGGCCGGACGGAUUUCCACAACUCCUCUCUGGACGACCUGUACGCAAGGUGAGCCACACCCGGGAGGGUUCGGAACCACCACCAAGGAACAUCGGCRAAAAGAAAUCGCGAAAGCACGCCCUUUCUGUGGCCGACAAAUACAUGUWWUUUUCCACCACCAUCGUCAUUCUCUUUCUCUCACACACUCUCUUAUUAAAAAUACGUAAACUAUGUACAUUACACAGCAUAAGGCGACUCUACGAGCUUUUUGACGACGACUCAAUCGUUUUGUCUGGCCACACAACUCCCACCUAUCUCAGAAAAGAACGAGUCRCAAAUCCUUUCGUAGACUUGGCGCUACGACGACCUCUGGAGUGGUACGAGGAUGCUAGAGAACGACACGCAUGGAGAGACAAUGCAAUCAGAAACCAAAGUAGUUGAUCCAGGAGUGGUGUAGAAUAUGGUACUGUAAAUGCCAUAUUCUCUAAUGGAACCUAUUGGAUUGUAUGUGUUCAGCUCAUAUUGUAUUAUUUAGUACAGUGAACGGUGUUUGCCAGAAACGGUUUCGAGUGUGCRUCUUUCAUCAUCAUUUGUCACUGAAUCUUGCACUGAGCUUCACACUUCAGGGACAAAGGACACAAAUGAAUUUUCUACAAGCACUAUCUCUGACACUCUCGCCAAAUSCUCCUUGAAUAGAUGGUUKAAGUACAA